UCUCUCUACCAUGGAGAACCUUCUUCUUCUUCUACAGAAUUGGGAUGCCUUCUUAUUUGGAUGACGUCAAUCUCUCGACCUGCUCCAGAGGCUUUAGCAAUCAUGGCUGACUUGCCCGAGGAGCAUAUUACAUCCAUCAAGGAAGAAUAUGAUGUUCAGUGUUGGGGUUGUGGAUUACACCUUCUUCUUCCAUCAAAUUCUCCACUUUUCAAAUGUGGUUGGUGUGGAGCGUUAACAAAUCAAAAUGCAAGAAAACGUGAUACCAAGUACAUUUGGUUGAGACGCUUGCGAGAUCGAAUCUUUGUCUUUAUCCUUCUCAUAUUUAUGCUCUUUGUGAUAUGUGGUGGAGUGUGGGCGGUGCACCCUGUUCUUUUCGCUACCAGCUAUUUCACUGGAAUUUUCCACUCCAUCAUAACCUUCAUAUUGUCUGUAGCUACUCUUUACACAUUCAGUUCUGCUGCAUUCAAGUGUGCUGGAACACCUCCAUUCAUAGUCUGGGGCAGCUAUCCAGCUGUGGGGAAAGGUGGCCUUGAGAAUUAUACCUUCUGUAACCUCUGCUCAAAGCCCAAGUCUCCAAGAACUCAUCACUGCCGGACCUGCGGAAAGUGUAUAUUGGACAUGGAUCACCACUGCCCAUUUAUUGGGAAUUGUGUUGGUGCUGAUAAUCACCCCCACUUCAUUGCCUUACUUAUUUCAGUUAUUAUUGGUACAACAUAUGUGUCUGUCAUGGCUGUAUAUGUAUGUUUCCAAAUAUGGCCAUCCAUAACAUUCGAAAGCAUCAGCAGCUUUAAUGUGUACAGCACUGAGUUCGCUAUGAGAUAUGCCAGGGUGCUUCUUAUGGGUUUGCUAAGAUCUGUAGUGUUUUUGGAGCCUAGAGGGCUUGUUCUAGUAUAUCUCUUAAUUUCAAGUGUUUCAUUGGGGAUAGGGUUGUUCAUACUUCUGUGGCAGCAGCUCUGUUAUAUAUAUGAGGGGAAAACCUACUUGAGUGAUUUAAGCUCACAAGGCAGCGAUGACGUUGGAGAGAAGGAUUGCCAAAAUAUUUUGCGUUUCUUUGGAUGGCCAUAUUCUUUCUCAAGAUACAUGCCUCUCUGGUCUAUUUCAAGAUUUCUGCCAAGUUUCCAUAAGAAGAGACAUGCAAAGUAAAUAUUGUAGUAUGAUCUAAUGAAAUCCACUUCUUUCCCUUUUCUGGGAUGGUGGAGGAGGCAGAGACUUGAAGGGGAUGGGGCAAGGCGGCAUUAUGCGCCAUUCAUAUGAACGCAACCAUUCACGUGCUGCUCACAUGGUGGGGUGAUUGUACGAGGGAAAGCAUAUACACCCCACCCCUCAGAAGACUCUUUGUUAGGAUGGUAAUUGCAGCAAUUUGUGCUUUCAUCAAGUACUGUGUAAUCUGUAUCAUACAUUUUUUGGGAAAUUUGGACAAGAGUUGUUUUCUCUAAUGGUUUGAUUCAGCACUUGCUUUAGUUGAUUGCUGACAGAAAUUUUUGAACCGUUGUUUCUUACUGAGUGUGAAAUUAUAAUGCUGUAGUUCAGAUUUGGCUAUCCAGAAUGUAAAAGAACCAUGUUUAUUUAAGAAUGAUCAAAUGUUAUUUGUAUUAAUGAUGUAGAAGAAAUUGGACC